AUUUUCCCAUCACAUCUCACGAAAGCAAAACUCUUUUUUUCACACACACACACACGCAAAUAACACAAAAGUUGGAGAUCGGCAAAAAAGAAAAAUGUCGAGAAAGAGUUCAGUGAGAAGCCGGAGGGCGUGGGACGUGAUCCGGCUGGCUCUGCUGUGGGCCCGGAGGGGCGGGGUUUUCAAAAAUCGGUUGGCGAUAAACAUGAGCCUGCUGCAGAAGGGGAUCAGGAAGCUCCGCCACUCGCACCACCACGCGCCGCCGCUCGUCUACGGCGAGCGGGAGCUGUCGUUCGACGACACUCCGGUGAUACACGUCAAGAUGCACCGCCCUUCCUCGCUUCGAUUCAAGAUGCCGCACAUACCAUGCAUCAAACCCCACGUCGACUUCGACUACGAUUUCGAGUUUGACGACGAUCGUGAUGAAAUUUAUGGCUACGGCGCGGAGGAGGAGGAUGAUGAGGAUGAGGAAGUGAAUAUUGGCGAUGAAGAAGUUGAUUUGAAGGCGGAAGAAUUUAUCGCUAAUUUUUAUAAGCAGAUGAAGCUUCAAAGGCAAAUAUCGUAUCUGCAGUAUAAUGAAAAGGGAUCAACCUAGAAGUUGGUUAUUGCAUUGUGCCAUACACAUUGUUUGUGAAUUUGGAUUCGUUUCUUUUCUUUUUCCUUUUGUGGCAAUUUUGGACUCUUUUGAGGCAUUUUUUUUAGAUAUGUUGAAGCUCUGAGUAUUACUCAUAGUCUCAUAUACAGGAAAUAAGUAGUGGAAUUAUUUUGUUGUUUUUCUAACAGAAGCUUUCUGUAUUGCAAGUCAGCAUUGAUUAGGAAUUUUGAAUACUCCUACUAUUCUUUCUAUCCA